GUUUGAAGUAUGCACAGGUUUGUAGGAGAAGAGUUGAGAUUCUUGGAAGCCCUUAACGUCCUGGAGGCAGUCCAGUAUUAAUAGGUUACCAGCACCCUUUCAUGCCUGCCUGGCGCGGGUAGGUGGGGUUGUGCUCUGUGAGGGGAGGAGUGCUUGCGGUGCAGUCUCUCCUAAGCCCUGUUAGUAAAGUCUUCGUCACUAUCAUGCUUUCCCCUGCUUUGGCGGGCUGCUAUCUCCUCCAAAAUGUCCGAGAAAGCGAAUGCAGACGGCAUAGUAGCUGCCAAUGGUAAUGAGGACAGGACUGUAGGAACCUCCAUCCGGAGCCCAAGGUUCUGCCCGAUUCUGGUGCCCUAUUUCCUUAUUUGUGAAAACUGCUGUAAAUCUAUUUGAGGAUUUUUUUUUUAAGUUCUGGAUCUGUAGCCAGAAAAACGUAUAAGCUAAAAGUUGUGUUGUUCCAGGGUUUUUACAGAUUCCUUAAAGCUAGGUUGGUUAAAAGUGAAAUUCACUGGAUUAGGUGAGGCUUCCUCUGCCUCAUCCCAGACUUGUGAGGCAGACUCAUUUCUUUUUUUUUUUUUUUUGGUUCUUUUUUUUCGGAGCUGGGGACUGAACCCAGGGCCUUGCGCUUCCUAGGUAAGCGCUCUACCACUGAGCUAAAUCCCCAGCCCCCGGCAGACUCAUUUCUUAAAGGCCAUGGUUAAUAUUCUAUCCAGGACAGAGAGAGAAAGGAGCCCAACACUGGUGCACUCCUGUAAUCCCAACAUAGGCUGAACCUACAGAACACCUAUCCUGACAGCUGUUCUGACGUAUCCCAUGCUCAGGACCCUCAGCCUCUGGCUGCACUCCUCCCUCACCGGAAGCUAUGUCUCUGGCUCUUACUCCAUCGUUUUUGUCAACUGUCCCAAUGAGCAAAUUGCCAGAGACAUUGCCAGGACCAUCCUGGAUAAGAAAAUGGCUGCAUCUGUGAACAUCUUGCCUAAGAUCUCUACACUGUACUUUUGGAAAGGAGAAAUAGAAGAAGGCACUGAGGUCUCACUGCUAAUAAAGACAAAGACUUCCAAAGUCCCCUGGCUCUUCGCCUAUAUGAGGUUGACGCAUCCUUUUGAAGUCCCAGAGAUCUUCAGUAUCCCCAUGGACCAAGGAGAUACUCGCUAUUUAAAAUGGCUUGAGGAAGGCAUGAAGGCGAACUAAGGAGAGAGAGAAGCUUAUUGUGCAGGCUGCUUUUGUUCACUGUGCUCUGGGAAAAAGCCGGCCUCCUUCUGCCUCCCAUAGGGCGUUCCUAACAGCACCCAGGUUCUAGCUGACCUGUGCAUGCUGAAUGAAGGACGGAGAAUUUCAAGGCUGGAAGUGAAGGCCAAUCAGGCCUGCAAGAACCAAGUGGAACCUGUUCCUGAGUGCUGUGUGUUUGCAGGUGGCCUGAGGGUGUGUGGGUAAGGAUGAGGGACAGAGAGGAGGCAGCAGUGUUGGCGAGGUUUCUCAUCUUCUGACUCUGGCUGGACCAUAAAGUACCUAGGGUGUAAUUGUUCCUCUUUUUCUUGUGGGGACCAGUGACCUUGCUUAUCUAGGUGUGUGUGGGAGAGCCAUCUUCUAAAGCAAUUGGUGUGGGCUCUAUUCAAAAAUAGACCCUGGUAGGAUUCAGGGGUCAGCAGAAUUAAUUAUAGCUCCUGAAUCUGGUGAAGAGGUGAAGCUGGGAAAGGGGUGCUUGAGCUUGUACAGACUAGGGGGACAUUAGGGCUUCAACACAAGCUCCUGGGUUGGGAGUACAUCUUGACAUUUUUUUUUACUGAACUUUAUAAUAGACACAAAUAUCCUGGAGAUAUCGGUUCUGAGCCUGGGAACCUGCUGGCCAAUGUUUUUCAGACUUGCUGGACAGCAAGCGCUUCUGGGGUUGACAGAGGAACCCCCUGAACUUCUUGAGGAAUGUGGCCAUCACCCACAUCCCAAGUGAAGCUGUGAAAAGCUUGUAAAUCACUGUUGUGAUUUUCCCCAUUUUAUUCAUUAUCACUAAAAAAGUGCAUUUCAUGGAAUUCCAUAAGGGAGGCAUAUUGAACCACACAGUGUAGCCAUCCAUGGUUUUCCAUACCAUGCUGAGGUAUGAACUACACUAUCUUCUACAGUGGUCCCAGGCAUCUCUGGUGAAGAGAACAGGGGAGGUGGGGGAGGCUGAGCUCAAGUCUGUGAAAAGGGAGGGUUGGAACAAACUCCAUUCAUGAAUCUCACAAGCUAACUCCACAAUGGGGGGCAGACCACAGGUAGUUAGAGUUGGGAUACAGAAAGCUAUAGUAUCCUGGUCUCUUCUAUGGCAGUGUGUGUGUGUGUGUGUGUGUGUGUGUGUGUGUGUGUGUGUGUAGGGGUGGGCUGGCAAAUAGAACCACAUUUUAGUUCUAAUAGCUGCUGUGUGUCUCCCACCUUGAUGUCCCCAAAUACUAGGGUCUCCAAGGGCUCACCUGUGCAAAUCUGAUCAGGACUGUAGGUUAAGGUCCUUCCAAAGGGGCUGGAGAAUUCCACUGGUGGUUUUGAGGACUGAAGAGUAGAGAUGUCCUUGAUCUUAAAAUACCAGUCUCUGAGGUAUACAUCUUGAAAAUCCCACUUAAAAUGACCCCAGAUGGACCAUGUUGCUUUUCCUAUAAAGUCCGAUUUCUAGGUCUUCCUUUCAGAACCCUAUCCUUUCCAUCACUACAAGUGUCCCCACCCACCCCGCCCCGUGGCAGAUGGGUGACCCUACCCUGCACUGUCCCUGUGCUCAUGAACUCCCCUGUACCUUUGAAAAGCCUCUCUCCUGGGCCGGAGGUCAGAGGCCUGUCUGAAUCUGAUUGGUCUCUUGCCCAAGGCUUGGGAAUUACCUCCCAAGUUGACAUUUCAGUUUCAAGGAGUUAAAUAAACAAAGCUUUCUCUA